AUGAGGUUGCAUUCGCUUUUUCUCCUCCUUUCUUUGUCUUUCUUCCAGGUGGCUUUAGCUGCCCCAAUCAAAAGUUUGAUAACUGCUGGUAACAUCACCAGACCUGAAGAUGAUCCUUUCUACACUCCAAAAGAAGGAUACGAAAAGCUCAAGCCAGGAGAAGUCAUCAACUACAGACAGAUCACUCAACCAUAUGGUAUUAUUAUGUGGGAGGAGAAGAUCAAGGCAGCAUACCAAUUCUUAGUUCGUUCCGAGGACUCCUUCGGUAAUCCAAAUGCUAUUGUUACUACUGUCAUG